GCAGCUUUUCCGAACGCCCCACGCCGGCGCGCAGCUAUCCCAGCGUCCCAAGAGCCACUUUCUCCCCGGGACGAUGCUACAGUGGUUUUCAGCUUCCCUUCAUCGUCGCUCCCACACUCAUUUUUAGCCACUGCUGCCGGUUUUUAUAUCCUUCUCCGUCAUGCAUCGUGAGCCGGCGAAGAAGAAGGCAGAAAAGCGGCUGUUUGAUGCCUCGUCUUUCGGGAAGGACCUUCUGGCCGGCGGAGUCGCGGCAGCUGUGUCCAAGACAGCGGUGGCGCCCAUCGAGCGGGUGAAGCUGCUGCUGCAAGUGCAGGCGUCGUCGAAGCAGAUCAGCCCAGAGGCGCGGUACAAAGGCAUGGUGGACUGCCUGGUGCGGAUUCCUCGCGAGCAGGGUUUCUUCAGUUUUUGGCGUGGCAAUUUGGCAAAUGUUAUUAGGUAUUUUCCAACACAAGCUUUAAACUUUGCAUUUAAGGACAAAUACAAGCAGCUAUUCAUGUCUGGAGUUAAUAAAGAAAAACAGUUCUGGAGGUGGUUUUUGGCAAACCUGGCUUCUGGUGGAGCUGCUGGAGCAACAUCCUUAUGUGUAGUAUAUCCUCUAGAUUUUGCCCGAACCCGAUUAGGUGUCGAUAUUGGAAAAGGUCCUGAAGAGCGACAAUUCAAGGGUUUAGGUGACUGUAUUAUGAAAAUAGCAAAAUCAGAUGGAAUUGCUGGUUUAUACCAAGGGUUUGGUGUUUCAGUACAGGGCAUCAUUGUGUACCGAGCCUCUUAUUUUGGAGCUUAUGACACAGUUAAGGGUUUAUUACCAAAGCCAAAGAAAACUCCAUUUCUUGUCUCCUUUUUCAUUGCUCAAGUUGUGACUACAUGCUCUGGAAUACUUUCUUAUCCCUUUGACACAGUUAGAAGACGUAUGAUGAUGCAGGUCAUUAAUUUCCUUAUAAAUUACCACUCAAGCUGCAUCUUAAAAAUUUAGAGUGGUGAGGCUAAACGGCAAUAUAAAGGAACCUUAGACUGCUUUGUGAAGAUAUACCAACAUGAAGGAAUCAAUUCCUUUUUUCGUGGCGCUUUCUCCAAUGUGCUUCGUGGUACAGGGGGUGCUUUGGUGUUGGUAUUAUAUGAUAAACUUAAAGAAUUCUUUCAUAUCGAUAUUGGUGGUAGGUAAUUGGGAGAGUAAAUUAAGAAAUACAUGGAUUUAACUUGUUAAACAUACAAAUUACAUAGCUAGCUGCCAUUUGCAUACAUUUUGAUAGUGUGUUGUUAUUGUCUGUGUUUUGUUAAAGUGCUAGUUCUGCAAUAAAGCAUGUAUUUUUUCAAGGAUUUAAAUACUAAAAAUCAGAUAAAUGUGGAUUGUCUUCCCACUUAGACUCAAACACAUUUUAGUGUGAUAUUUCAUUUAUUAUAGAUAGUAUAUUUUGUUAGUUUAAAAUUCUUUUUAUGAUUAAAAAUUAAACGUAUAAUGCUGAAAUCUAAGCAAUGAAAGUAUCCUCUUUUAAAUUGCUAUUCAUUUAGUAUACCUGUUUUCCCAUCUUUUAAAGUCAUAUGCUAUGACAUAUUUCUUAAAAGCUUAUCAAUAGAUGCCAUCAUAUCUCUAGGCACAAGUAAACUUUGUUCUAUAUCUCUGCUAAGACAGCUGUUAUUACUGUGUACAAUAUCUAUAGUAUCAGCCUUUGAUUAUAGAUGUGAUCAUUUAAAAUUUGAUAAUGACUUUAGUGACAUUAUAAAACUGAAACUGGAAAAUAAAAAUGGCUUAUCUGCUAAUGUUUAUCUUUAAAAUAAAUAAAAUCUUGCUAGUGUGAAUAUAUCUUAGAACAAAAAAUAUCCUCUUGAAAAUUAGUUUGUAUAUUUUGUUGACAAUAAAGGAAGUUUAAAACUGUGAUAA